ACAGAACAACAUGAGCCUGAAAUUUCAAAAGAUACUGGUUUUGGGUGGGAUUAUAAUAGGAUUUCUAUCUGUCAUGGUUAUCCUGGCAGGUACUCUGCUAAAGAACUCCAUUCCUAAUGUAUUGGCCCCAGAGGAGCGACAAUAUGCUUUUGACUAUGUGAUAGUUGGAGCUGGAACUGGAGGAAGCACCCUUACCUCGCUGCUGGCCAAGCACAGCAAUGGCAGUGUUUUGCUCAUUGAGGCUGGUGGUCAAUUCGGUUUACUUAGUCGGAUACCCCUGCUGACCACAUUCCAGCAGAAAGGCAUCAACGAUUGGUCGUUCGUCUCUGUUUCGCAGAAACACUCCUCCAAAGGGCUUAUUGACAGAAAGCAAUGCCUUCCGAGAGGCAAAGGACUCGGUGGUUCCGCCAAUCUCAAUUAUAUGUUGCACUUUGAUGGUCAUGGGCCAGACUUUGAUUCCUGGCGGGAUAUCCACAAUCUGAGCGAUUGGAGUUGGGCUCAUAUGAGAUCCUUUAUGGCAGCAGCCAAACCAAAUCCGUUGGAUAUGUUUGAAAUACCUCGACGUUACUCUAAGUUAACUGAAGCACUAGAUGAAGCACAGGCGCUGUUUGCUCACAAAGAUUGGAUCUUUCGGCGGUCUACCUAUAAUAUAAAGAAUGGCCUACGCCAUUCAGUUGUGCAGCAGUUCCUUAACCCGGUGCUCCAUCGAUCCAAUCUUCGUCUGCAGCCCGAUGCUCUAGUGAAACGAAUUCAACUUUCUUCCAAGCCAUUUAUGAAGGCCACCUCUAUUCUUGUGGGGAUUAAGGACGAAGAAAACAGAGAGCAAGAAUUCACCAUCGAGGUGAGAAGAGAGCUGAUCAUUUGCGCUGGAGCUUAUCAAACUCCUCAGCUCCUGAUGGCGUCGGGAAUCGGAGACUCAUCUGUAUUAAACAAAAUGGGGAUUCCGGUGCAGCAUAGUUUACCGUUUGUGGGGCAAAACUUGCACGAUCACUUCAAUCUUCCGCUUUUCGUUUCAUUGGGAGUUACUGGUCCAACACUUAACCAAAACACACUCUUAAAUCCUAUGACCUUGAUCAACUUUCUUAGCUCUGGAACCGGUCCCUUGGGAAACUUUGGGGUACUGGGGAAUGUAGCUAGUUAUGGAGGAUCAGAAUCGACGCCAUUUGGCAUUACAUUUUUCGGAGCCGGCGCCAUCGAUGAAUCUGCUCUAAUGUCAAUAUCCAAUUUUAAAGGCCCAGCAUUUCGGGCUCUCUUCCCGCGAUAUUAUAACGCCUCCCAGGAAGGAUUGGUGGUAAUUUCCAGUUGCCUACAGCCUAAGUCACGCGGAUCCGUGAGACUUCUUAAUCGGCAUAUGAGAAGAAAUCCCCAGAUAGAUCCGAACUACCUGGACAGAGUGGAGGAUGUGGCAUGCACCAUUGCUGCCAUCCGAAGUGCAGUACAGCUGGUCACCUCUACUGCCUUUACUUCACUGCAUCCCCGCAUCCAUUGGCCUCGCCUGCAGGAGUGCUCCAACUUCGGUCCCUUCGAGCGGGACUUCUUUGAGAACCGACCUUCAGAUCAUUAUCUGGAAUGCCUAAUGCGCCAUAUUGGCUUGGGAUCGCAUCAUCCUGGAGGCACGUGUGCCCUAAACAGCGUUGUGGAUUCUCAGUUGAGAUUACAGGGCGUAUCCAAUGUGCGUGUGGUCGAUGCCAGCGUUUUGCCUCGGCCCAUCUCGGGGAAUCCCAACUCGGUGGUCGCGGCCAUUGCAUUGAGAGCCGCAUCUUGGAUACUGAAGAGCGAACUGCAGGCCGGUGAUUCGAAAUAAAUGAAAUUCUCUGAGAUUGUAACUAAAGCGUUCAAGUUGAGGGGCAACCUCACUGAAAAAAAUGUAUAUUUUUAAACUAUUUUAAAUUAAAAAAGAACUUUUUUU